AUGGCGUCUGCUGAUCUGAGAGACGAGCUGACCUGCUCCAUCUGCACGGACAUUUAUACCCUUCCUGUAACCCUGACAUGUGGACACAGCUUCUGCCAGGUCUGUAUCACAAGAACAUGGGACAACCAGGAGGAGAGAGAAUAUUCUUGUCCUGAAUGCAGACACAAGUUUAGGGUAAGACCUGAGCUUAAAAGAAACCUGAGAAUGUGUAACAUGGCGGAAAGUUUCCAAUAUACUCACCCAGAGCAGGAGGAGGUUGGGAUCCUCUGUACUUACUGUAUUCACUCUCCUGUACCUGCUGCUAAAACAUGUCUGUACUGUGAAGCUUUUCUGUGUGAAGCCCACCUGAGGGUCCACAGCCAGUCAGCAGAACAUGUCCUAACUGAACCCACCACUUCACUGGGGAACAGAAAAUGCUCCGUCCACAAGAAGGUCCUGGAGUAUUAUUGCUCUGAGGAUUCUUUCUGUAUCUGUGUGUCCUGCAGGCUGGACGGAGAGCACAGGGGACACCAGGUGGAAACUCUGAAUGAGGCCUGUGAGACGAAGAAGGAGAAACUGAGACAUAUUCUGCAGAAACUGACCUCAAAGAGAGGGGAGGCUGAGAAAAGAGUCCAGAGCCUGCAGGAGCUCAGGAGAGAAGUGUCAGACAAAGCAGCUGGGGUAACAGAGGAAGUCACUGCCCUGAUUAGGGAUAUUAAGGAACAUCUGGAAGCCCUAGAGAAGCGAGUCCUGCGUGAGAUCUCCAGGCAGGAAGAGCAGGUCUCACUCCGAGUCUCAGAUCUAAUCCGGCAGCUGGAAAUAAAGAAGGGGGAUUUGUCCAGGAAGAUGGGUCACAUUGAGGAGCUGUGUAAAAUUAUGGACCCAUUAACUGUCUUACAAGAACGGGAAUCAGACAGCGCUGACUAUUGUGAUACUGAGGAGGGAGAUAAUGAGGACAGAGAGAGAGAUGAUACGAAGGUCCGUGCUGGAAGGGAUCUGGAUGUGGGUUUGAUCUCAGUGACCUUACACUCAGGCUUAGCUGGGAUUGUGACCGGAUUAAAGAGACAGUGCCAUGUACCGGCUAAUAUAUUACUGGGGGUAAACACGGCUUCAGACAUGUUACUGGGUGUAAACAAGGCUGGUAAUAAACUAACUGUAUCUAGUGAUAUGAAAACUGUAUCCUGGUCAGGAAUAAACCAGAGUCGCACAGACACACCAGGGAGAUUUCAAUGUAAUCAGGUUUUAAGCUCCAGGAGUUUCUCCUCAGGGCGACAUUACUGGGAAGUGGAGGGCAGUGAAUCAGGGAGAUGGAUGGUAGGGAUGGCCUAUCGCAGUAUAGACAGAGAAGGACGUCAGUCAUGGAUUGGAUUUAAUAACAAGUCCUGGGGUUUGUGGAGGUGUGAUAAUAAUCAGUAUUAUGUGACACAUGACAGUAAAGAUAUCCGGUUAUCUCCCCUCCGCCCCCCUUCCAGCCGGAGAUUGGGGAUAUUCCUGGACUACGAGGCCGGGCGGCUGUCCUUUUAUGAGCUGUGUGACCCCAUCAGACACUUACACACCUUCAGUGCCACCUUCACCGAGCCGCUUCAUGCUAUAUUCGAAGUAUAUGGGGGUAAUACCUGGCUGAGAAUUUAUUGAAUGAUUUAUUAAUCUAAUUAAAGAGAUUUAACUGAAAAUCCCAGAGUGAGAAUCACGAGACGGUAAUACUGAUAUGGG